UUUCUUCUACUAUUAAUUGUUUUUCUCUCUCCAAACAACCCAUCGCUCCAACGAUUCAUUUCUUCUCCCUUCUCUUUUUCAUUGUUUUCUCAGUGUUACAGUGAAGAACAAAGAAGAUGACAGGCGGAUCUAAAUCCAAUCCACCAAAACCUAGGAAGAAAGUCGACGCUGCUUCAACCGACGCAGCCUCUCUUGUCCGCGCCAAAGAUGGAAGUGCUUUUGUCAAAUGAAAUGCUGAAUCUUUAUGGUUGUAAGAUCAGCGAUGCUAGUUUGGGUGCGAUUGCAGAUAACUGUCAAUUGCUCAAUGACCUUGAUGUCUCCGGGUGUGCUAUCACUGAUUCCGGAAUUGCAUCUCUAGCUCGUUCUAAUCAGAUCAAUCUGCAGAUCCUUUUUGUGUCUGGUUGCUCUAAGGUCUCCGACAGAAGUUUGCCUUCACUUGGAAAAUUGGGUGAGACCCUAAUCAGUUCAAUCUACAGAUUCUAAUCAGGAAAUGGUAUUUUUUUUUGUAGAAUGCAGAAUCUUCAUCGCUCAUGGAACUUGUAGGUUCUGGUAACCAUGUCUUAUAGUAGUAUGGUUCUGAAGUUUUCUUUCUGUAAUGUCUAAUUACAUUUCAAUUAGGUAUUUAUAGAGGUCAUACCUUUAAAAAAACAUUGAUAGAGGUCAUUGUUAAACAUGUAUUUGAGAAUAUAAAUAUUAGCAGUAAUUAGAUAUUAAGGGCCCAACUUGUAUGAUGAUUGUUUGAUGUUUUUCUUGAAGUGUUCAAUACCUGUUGUAAGUGAAUUAAUGAAUUGUCCAUUCUUGGCUAAAAGCUUUUAGUGGACCGUACUGCUUGAACUUGAGGAUAAUAAAACUCAGGGAAUGUGCAACAGGACAAACUAGUCAAAUGUAACAGGAAAUUUGCUUCUAUUCUGAGUUAUUAUGCUUCUAAUUAUAUCUUGUGAUGUGUUCAUAUUGAAUAUGGCGAGACUGAUGCAUGGUUAUCUAUGGAACUAAUGUUUCAUCUGAGUGUUCUUCCCCUUACCCGCCAGCUGACCAAUAUCAGUGGUAAUCUAUGGGGAAAGACUCUCCAGGGUGCUAGGGCACAAAGAGUAGAGUAUCUUUUGUUGCACGCAUUUCAUGCAAAAAAGUAUAUUGUCCCAGACAAGUUUUCACCUCACACUAAGGAAACAAAAGUUUUGAAAAGGAGAAUAACUCAUGGUGUUGAGGAUGGGAAUAGGGAUGAUGUGAAUCUUGAAGAGGAAGCUCAUAACGAACGAGGAAAAGACAAAAAGGGUCCUGCCUAUGCAGGUGGAUUGGUUUUGGAGCCAAAAAGAGGAUUGCAUGAAAAAUAUGUAUUGUUACUGGAUUUCAAUAGCCUUUACCCAUCCAUAAUUCAGGAAUACAAUAUAUGCUCCACAACAGUUGAAAGAUUUCCUGAUGGAUUAGUUCCUUGUUUGCCCUCUAGUAAAACAGUUGAGGUUCUACCUGAGUAUCACAUGUGGUAGUAUAGAAAGUGGACAUUAAAAGGUGUGUACUCUCUGUUUUUCAUCACUUCUCCAACUAUAAAUCUUCCUUCAAAUCUUUCACUUUUCUUUGUCUUCAAUCUCUUGUUCCUUACAGUUUUCUCUCUUACAAGAUAAGCUAAAAUCAAAAUGAACUUGGGUUAGUCAUUUAGUCUCCCAGUUUCAUUCACAUUGUUGAAAUUAGGUUAUGGGUUGUGGGCCUUUUCCUUAUAGUUUUUACUUUAUUUUCCUAAU